UAUAUAUAUAUAUAUAUCCACUCAAACGUUUGGACAGUUUCUCAUUCAAUGACGAUGACGUGUGUAUUGAGUGGUACUGUAUAUGUGUCAUAAUAAUAAUGAUGUCUCGGUUUUGCAGAAAACUUUCAGUUAAAGUUCUUAUGUGUGUGUAUGUAUGUGUGUUUUUAGAUUAGCAUAGCGACUGGAAACAGGGAUGUCAUUCACAUGUAUGCUAAGCUAAACUAGCUCUGUCAGUGACAAAGACAUCAUCACCUUUUUCUGUCUAUAACCCGCUUUGUUUGUCUCAGAGGUUUCUAUUAUUGUUACUUCCUACACAUAUUCAAUACUCAAUAAUUGAUUCAUUUGUGUUUGCGACUCCUCAUAACAUUAUAAUAUUGCAUACAAUAUUAUCAAUACCAACAUGCAUAUUUAGGAGGUAUAGAAUAUCUCCAUAAUGCUAACAAGCUCAUGUUCUAAUGCACUCCUUAACGAUGACACCAAAAGAAUCAUCAUCAUAAAGUUAUAGUCAUUAUCAUAAGGACAAUCACUUGAAUGUAUAUCUGUCUGUCCUGUCACGCGUGUCCGUGACUCAGCUGUUUAGGAGGAAUGUAGUUUGACCUGUAGUCUCACUUCCUGUUUCCUGACCUCUGAUUGAAGCAGGAGGCUAACAGUUAGCGCUUCACACCUUCUGUGGUGACGAUGGCGGAGGCUCCAGACGUGUUCUCAGAGCAGGAGUUGACCUGCUCCAUCUGUCUGGACCUGUUUGACGAGCCCGUCUCCACUCCGUGUGGUCACAACUACUGCCAGGCGUGUAUUGGAGGCUACUGGGCCUCCAGCUCCGUGUGCACAUGUCCUCUGUGUAAGAGACAGUUUGAGGAACGUCCUCAACUCAGCGUCAACAAAGUCUUCGCUCUCAUCGCCAAUAAAUACAAAGCGUCUCGUUACGGCACGGCAGGGUUUCCCACGCCGCUCAGCAAGGGGACGCAGCAGGGGGACGCCGGUGCCCCCCCGUCUGGUGAAGAGGUGGUGUGGUGUGAUGUGUGCACGGGAGUCAAAGAGCCCGCGGUCUCCUCCUGUCUCACCUGCACCGCUUCCUACUGCGCUCUGCACCUGCAGCCGCACCGCACCACCUCCUUCUACUCCCGACACCCGCUGAUGGACCCGCAGGAGGCCUUCAGGGGCCGUACAUGCCCCGCCCACCACCGCCUUCUGGAGGUGUUCUGUCGGACGUGUCAGCGCUGCAUCUGUGCCAUCUGCGUCCUGGAGGAACAUCGGACCCACCAGACGGUGUCGGUGCAGACUGAGCGGCUCGGAAAACAGAAACAGGUGGCGAGGACGGAGCAGGAGAUCCUGAACCGGAUCAGAGAGAAAGAGAGUCGUGUGACUCAUCUGAAGAAGAAGCUGGAGGGUGUGAAGAACUACGCAGACGGGGAGCGGGCAGAGGUGGAGCACCUCCUGGAUCAGUUGACCGGCUCCUUGGCGCGGAUCCGGUCUCAGUUGGUGGGCGGCAUCGACAACCAGCUGGACAUGGUGAUGGUGAAGGGGGAGGGGCUAGUAAGCCGCCUCGAAGCGGAGCUCGGCCAGCUGAUGGACAGAAGAGCUAUGCUGGAGGUCCAGGCGGUCAGUCAGGACCACAUCGGCUUCCUGCAGAGCUUUAACGAGGCCACCUCUCCUCUGUCUGAGGAGCAGGAGGAGGUGGACGUGGAGGACUUCUCUCUUCACUUCCAGCUGAUGGAGGUGAAGAGUUCUCUGUCAGAUUUGAAGGAAAAGAUGGAGGAUUUAAGGACGGGAGACGAGGUUCCCAGAGGAUCAGUGUCGUCAGGUGACCUGAUGGCAGCAGAGAGCAUGCUCAGUCUGAGAGGAAGCACAGCCAGUCUGAGGAAGAGUCAGUGGUCCCUGAAAGAGCGGAAGAGGAACAAAGUGGUCUCAGGACACAAGAAGGCCCGGGUCUACAUGGAGGACGUGACCCUGAACCCGGUGACGGCCUACCCGUUCCUCAUCCUGUCCGAGGACCGGAAGCAGGUGAAGCGGGGCGAGAAGCUCCAGUUCUACCGGACUAGCCAGCAACGCUUCGACGUCUGGUCCUGCGUCAUCGCCAAGGAGACCUUCAGCACGGGCCGCCACUACUGGGAGGUGAUGUCGGGGGACAGUAAGGACUGGAAGCUGGGCCGUGUUCAGCGAGUCUGCACCCGGGAAAGCCUCAUUGACAUGAACCUCUCCAAAGGGGAACUAGCCAUCUGGUGGAGCGGCAGCCAGCUGAGAGCGCUCACUGCCCCCCCGCUCACCAAGGUGAAGGGUCCCCCGAAGCUGCGACAGGUGGGCGUGUUCCUUGACGUGGACGAGGGACAGGUGUCCUUCUACAACGUGAAGUCGGGCUCAGAGAUCUACAGCUUCACAGGAUCCUCAGAGUUCACAGAGAGGAUGUUUCCCCUGCUGGGGACCGGAGACAAAGACGUCCCCCUCGUCCUCAUGACCUCGCAGCACCAGCUGGCCUGACGGUAGACGAGACCGACAGGAUGAUAAUAUAUUUACAGAGUUUAUAGUUACAAAAAGUGGGUUUUAUAUUUGCAGAAUCAACUGAAAUUCAAAGAUAUUAUCUAUAAUAAAUUGGUUAAGUAUUAUGGCUCAAAGAAAGUUACAAAAGUCUACUUGUUUAAUGCUCGCUGUGAUGACAGGCUCCUCCUCCUCACCUAUAAGCCAAGGGUGAUGACGAUUGUUUGUAUCGAAGCUGUUAAUUAAAGACAAAUGUCACAAAUGAUGCUCCUUUGAA